GGCGCAGUGGAUAGCGUGCUGGACCUGGAGUUAGGAAGACAUCUUCUGAGUUCAAAUCUUUCCUCCCUCUCCUGCAUUCCACCUACCUGUCUCCCACCCCCACAUGUACCUAGUGACAGAACUGUUUUCUCCGUGCAGUCUUACACACACACACAUGUACACACAUUCCAGAACUGUUUUCUAGGUUCAAUACAGUUAGAGAACAUUCUCAACUAGCAACCCAUAUUCACAAGAUCUAGAAGAAUCUUUUCUCAGUCUGUUGGGGUAGGGCCUGGCCCCAAUACUUAAUAAUCUCUUUAGACUUAAGGCUGAUGCCCAAGCAUCUUGGCUAAAAUUCUUAGUGUUGGUUGCUCUUUGUUCUGCUAACAAGCUUAUCUCUUGUUCUGGGGACUUAACCCGUUUGCAAUUGAGCCCAAUUAAAUCCAGUGGGGGAUGCCUCCAGUGAAAGGGCUUCUCUUUUCGUUCUUUCAGUGGAACUGAUUUGUCCUGAAAGUAUUUGCCUGAAACCAUUUCAUAGCUUCUGAAGGCUUGUCUGGGAAGUUGCUCCUCAGUUUCUAUUCUACAAAAUGUUUCAGAAUGAUUCAUUGGAACCUGGAAAGGAAGGUCACUCAGUCUUUUCACCAGCAGAGCACAAUAUUGUGGCUGCGUAUUUGAUCACAGCAGGUGUGAUAAGUAUUCUCAGCAAUGUCAUUGUGCUGGGCAUCUUUGUUAAGUACAAGGAACUUCGGACAGCAACAAAUACCAUUAUUAUAAAUCUGGCUGUUACUGAUAUAGGGGUUAGCAGCAUCGGUUAUCCCAUGUCUGCUGCUUCAGACCUGUAUGGAAGUUGGAAAUUUGGACAUGCUGGAUGUCAGAUUUAUGCUGGUUUGAACAUCUUUUUUGGAAUGGCAAGUAUUGGAUUACUCACUGCUGUGGCCAUUGACCGGUACCUGACCAUCUGUCAGCCUGACCUUGGAAGAAGAAUGACUCCUUACAAUUACACCAUAAUGAUUCUGACUGCUUGGGUGAAUGGCUUUUUUUGGGCCUUGAUGCCCAUAAUAGGUUGGGCUGGUUACGCUCCGGAUCCGACAGGUGCUACGUGUACCAUAAACUGGCGGAAGAAUGAUGCAUCUUUUAUUUCUUACACAAUGACUGUUAUUGCUAUAAAUUUUGUCAUGCCCUUAGUGGUCAUGUUUUAUUGUUACUACAAUGUUUCUCAAAAGAUGAAACAAUAUACUCCUAGCAGCUGCCCUGAACACAUAAACAGAGACUGGUCAAACGAAGUUGAUGUAACAAAGAUGUCUGUGAUAAUGAUUUUAAUGUUCCUGCUUGCCUGGUCCCCUUAUUCUGUUGUGUGCUUAUGGGCUUCCUUUGGGGACCCAAAGGAGAUUCCCCCAGCAAUGGCCAUCAUAGCCCCUCUCUUUGCAAAAUCUUCCACCUUCUACAAUCCCUGCAUAUAUGUGGCUGCCAACAAGAAGUUCCGGAGAGCGAUAUCUGCAAUGAUCCGAUGUCAGACUCAUCAAUCAAUGCCUGUAUCCAACGCGUUACCAAUGAACCUAACUUGAGAUCAGCUUUUCAAUUAUGAAAGGGAAAAGAGCCAAACUACAUCAUUUUCUUCAUUCUUUGCUGUAUUCUAACUUUCAUACUUAAUGUGCCCACAAAGCUGGGAACUAUUUGGAUUCAUAUACUGACUUGGAUUCUCAAAAGCCGGAACUGUUGUCUAAUUUUAUUUCGUGUGCCCUGUCAUGCUUAACAUGGUGCAUACGUCGUUCCAUAAGUAUUUGAAUUGUGGAAUGGAAUAUUCCCAGCUAGUAUAUUUUUAAAAAACCCAACACCUUAUUUAAUUUUUACU